AUGUAUGACAACAAGGCUCUGUCUUCCCUUUAUCUCUAUAUUUCUAUUUGCCAAGGUUUUAGAAACUUUAAUAUUGAUAACUUCCUCAUGAAAAGCAGAGGAGCUUUCCAAUGUAGGAAGCAGAGCACAGCUCAUCAAACUUCAGUCUGGAAACCCAAAACUCAAGCCACUGAACAUCCCCAGCCUUCCUUUCCAGUUCCACCAGAGAUAUUCCUGCCAUCAGGUUAUACAGGGCAGCUUUUUCAGCCAGGAUCCAACUCAGAUUAUUACUCACAAUCUGACAGUUUUGAUGAAGAACCUCCUUUGCUGGAAGAACUUGGAAUUAAUUUUGAUCACAUAUGGCAGAAAACCUUGACGGUGCUAAACCCAAUGAAGCCAGCAGAUGGCAGCAUCAUGAAUGAAACAGAUCUCGCAGGACCCAUCCUCUUCUGUGUGGCUCUGGGAGCGACACUGCUUAUGGCAGGGAAAGUCCAGUUUGGUUACGUAUAUGGUAUGAGUGCCAUUGGCUGCCUUGGGAUUCAUGCCUUGCUGAACUUGAUGAGCUCCUCAGGGGUGUCCUACGGCUGUGUGGCCAGUGUGCUGGGAUACUGCUUGCUCCCCAUGGUCAUCUUGUCCAGCUGUGCAGUCUUUUGUUCACUGCAGGGUACCAUUGGAACUGUGUCAGCCCUGUUCAUCAUCAUGUGGUGCAGUCUCUCAGCUUCUAAGAUCUUCAUUUCAGCCUUGGCCAUGGAAGGACAACAGCUUCUUGUUGCUUACCCCUGUGCCUUACUUUAUGGGCUCUUUGCUCUUCUGACAGUUUUCUAA